ACCAGAAUCAGUGUUUUGAGAGUGUGACGGAUGUUUAUAAGACUGCUUCCUUUAUUUAAUACAAACGUUCGUUUCUAUGAAGGAUAAUCAGUGAAUAUAUUUCAGAGAUCUUAACGGAACUUAAGUUCAUUUUAAAGCGGGCGCGCGAUGAUACUUAUGGAUGUGGUAGGAUUUCUAGUCACUGCUGCUAAAGUUGUACAAGCUACCGGGAAGUCGCGGUUACCGACCCCGGUUUGCACGUCGGAUCUUUGCCAACAAGUCGCCUGGGUAAUCGUCUCUAGCAGGGACGAAAGCGUUGAUCCGUGUGUGGAUUUCUACGCUCACGCAUGCAACCGUUGGAAUAGCAGCAGUGCUCUGGGCCGUGACGUGCCAGUUCCCACGAUUUCCAAACAACUUCAAGAACUCUUUGACAGUGGAAAUUACAGCAACCCCACGGAAAAAAAAGCAGUCGACUUAUACAAACAGUGCUUCAACCAGACGCAUGAACGGCCAUUCGAAGACCGCACUCUUGCACGCGCUGUCGAGGACCUGUUAGGUGGAUGGUCGCUUUUGAAAGACCAUAGCAAUGUGUCCGCUUUUCGUCUGGAAGACGCUUUUGUCCGCCUGCAGCAGAACAACAUUCGGACCUUCAGCGAUCUUACCGUAUCAAGAAACGAGUUUUCUAGCAAUGAGAAUAUCCUGUUCUUUACAAUUCCAGGCCGUCUUUGGGUGCGGUGGGGAUGGGAUGCACUGACCACUGCCCAUUUGACGCCCACUGUUCGCGAUGGAACGGCGCAGUUGAUGAAAAAAUGGGCACCGAUUGUGCUGCGUUUAUUAAAAGCAGCCAAUGCAAGUGUGCAAUGGUCUGAAGUUGAAAAACGAUUGGAGAAAGCCCUUAUGUUUGAUGUUAUGCUGGCGACGGGGCCAGCAACACCUGUGUACUUUCGAAGGCGCUUAACCUUCGGCGAUCUUUCUAAACCGCCAUUCCGUUCGCAAUUUUUUGCAAGGUUCUUGCCCCUGUUUAACGCUAUGCUUAAAGCUCUUUCGGUAAAAUUUCGAGCUACGACCGCUACGCAGUUUGCCGUCCCGGUUCAGCUUGAGUAUCUCCACAAUCUGGAUCGGAAGAUGGCGCAGUUAGAAUUUGACGGGGAUGCAGGACUGGUGACACUGGCUGAUUGGUUGUGGUGGACCGCCAUCUAUCACUACCACACUGUAUAUCGAGGGAAAGGCACCUGCGUGGGGCUCGUAAAAGCGGCCAUGCCACUGACCGUCUCGGGAAUGUACUUCAAGACCUACACAGCGAGUAAUGCCGUCCAAAAGGCGAAGGUCCUGACGGCCGAAAUUGAAAACGCGGUUCGCGAUGCAGUCCUUCUCGAAACGCCUUGGAUGGAUAUAGAAACGAAGGAAGCCGCAAUGGACAAGCUGAACCAUACACUGCUGAAUAUCUGUUACCCCAAAGUGUUCCUGGACAACUGGACCAUCAUAGAUGACCUCUAUGACAAGAUCCAUGUGGAAAUUUCUUUCUUCGACACAUUGCGCAGUAUCGAUAAAAGCAAUAGUUGGAUCAACGUGCAACAACUCUGCCGGCGCAACGCCCGCAAUGAUCCGUUUUUUCCGGUUGAUCUCAUAUUGCGUGAUGCCAAGAUGUAUUCGGACAGAAAUUAUAUUGUUAUUCCGGCGCCCCUUUUACAACCACCUUUGUUUUACUCAAGCGGCUUGGACAUUCUUAACUACGCUCGCUUGGGUGCUACCAUCGGCCACGAGUUCACUCAUGUUUUCGAUAUUGAAGUGGAAGAAUUUGAGAAAGACGGGAAACGUCUCAAGUGGUGGACCGAAACGACGCAAAACAAUUAUAACGCGAGAAACUACACUUUGGUGGACUUCUACAACAAUAUUAGCACGAAGAACAACAGUGUAGAUGGCAGACACACUCUGGUCGAGAACACUGCCGACAACGGUGGAUACCGUGCUGCUUACUUGGCUUUUCAUAAUUUUAUGCGCCGCACUGGAUACCGCAUCAAACUACCGGGCUUAGAAGACCUGAGUGAGGAGCAACUGUUCUGGUUAACAGGAGCCCAGGGAUGGUGCGCCAGUAAUCCAGAAUUUAGCGACGCAACGCACGCAUCAUUCCGAAUCCGUGUGAUGGGACCGUACAUGAAUAGCGCUGAUUUUGCUGCUGCUUACAACUGUCGGCUGGGAUCCCCGAUGAACCCGCGGAUUAAGGUGUAGCAGAGAUGGCAUUAUCUUCGGCCAUGGUUUAUUCAUUUAACUAAACAAAUAAGUGAUAUGCUGAGGUGAAAGGUGCAGCGAUCAUGAUCAGAUCAAUUCACUGAAUACGAACGAGUCGUAACUACACGAAGAAUACGAGUGCUUUUGUACUAAGUCUUCUAACAGGGCAUUUAACAUUAUAAUUACUCUUUCUUGAGACAAUAUUAUAAUGUGACAGCCAAUCUUGAUUUAAGGGUGUACUUAAAGCAGAAUUUUCAGUCUGCUGUUGUUAGAGGAAAACAAUUUGGCUACUGUUUAUGGAUAUGCACUAAAUGCGCGACCGGAAGCUUGCAAUAUGACCUUUAAAACUUAUGCUGCUUCUUUAAUGUGUAAAUUUGAAAUAUUUUAUUUGGUGUCAAUAUCUGUUAGUGUAGGAAUGUGAUUAUAAUGUUGGCUAUGGC